AUGGUCACUCUUUCUGCCACCCUGCCUACAUGGGUUCGUCGAGAUGUGAUCAGCAAGCUGCAAAUGAAGAGCACAGAAAUAACCUCAAUUGAUGUCGGCAACGACAGAAAGAAUGUCUCGCUGAUUGUUCAGCCCAUUCACAAUACACUCAGCUCGUUCAUUGACCUGGAUUUCGUGGUUCCACAAGGUGUGCAGGAGGCGUCGUCCAUACCAAAAACUUUCAUCUAUUACGACAGCGUCAUGGGUGGGGUCCAAAUGGAGAAAUACCUGAAUGGACUCUUACCUGAGGAGUUGUGGGAGAACAGCAUUAUUCGCCUGUAUAGCGCAGCCUUCUCCGACGAAUACAAAGCGCAGGUUAUGCAGGAUUUCAAAGAGGGGAGGGUCCGUGUGUUGAUAUGUACUGAUGCUGCGGGAAUGGGAUGUAACAUACCUGAUAUCGAAGUCGUUGUCCAGUGGAAAAUUCCGGCCACGCUAUCAUCGUUUGUGCAACAUGCAGGAUGGGCAGUACGUAGUCCAGGAAUCAAGGGCCGAGCCAUUCUCCUUGUUGAGAAGAGUACCUACAAUGUGGUUUUAGGACCGCUAGCUGAGACUUUGAAGGACAAGAAACUCACACCUGCUGCAAAGCGAAAGAAGGUACAGGAGUACGCAGAGGAACAUGGUAUUUUGCGGGGAGCGGCAAACCCGCAAGGCGACUCGAAAUACACGAGAACAUCGCCACCUGUCGAUGUCGAGAACGAACACGAGAACGUUCACGCAUUCGUUCAGACCGGGAUCUGUCGUUGGGCCAUCCUUGCAGAGGUUUUUGGAAAUGAAAAGCCAGAGCCUACGGUCAAAUGUUGUGACCUGUGUAAUCCCGACCUACUCAACCUAACGCGACCGGGCCCCGAACCAACAUCGAGCCGUAAAAAGAGGCUAAAAAAACGCGAAGAGCCACUACCAGAAGUAGUGGAGAAGCUACUUGAGUGGCGACAAACCAUCUGGGAUUGUGACUUCACCCUAAGAAACAAGAUUUUUGGCUCUGGCGCUGUGUUCGGCACCAACCUCAUGUCUUUGCUCGCAUCUCUUGGUCCACUAUCCUCAAAACAAGACCUGUUAUCGGCACUUGAUGGUCAGCAGUGGCUAUGGAAAGAUAGAUAUUGCGACGAACUCUUUGACUUCCUAUCCAGCCUCUCCAUCCUGCCCAUCCCAUCGAAACCCCAUGGAGCGAAAUGCAAAGAACUUGAACUGACUCCCGACAUCGAGGUAGCGGUCGAAGUUCAAAAGUGA